AUGGAAAGUGAAUCCGAUGAUGAUAUGACAACUGAAAGUGAAUCCGAUGAUAAUAUUGAUAUUGAUGACAUGAUUUAUUUGAUACGUUUAUUGGAAGAUAUUGUGCUCUACGUGGAAGGCAAUGAGGACGAGGACGAGGACGAGAACGAGGAGGAGGUUACAGAGGAGAUUAUAGGAAAUAUGAUAAAAACAAGAAUUCAUCGUGAUACUGACGAUGGAGAAGAAAUAAUAUGUGUUAUUUGCCAAUGUGAAUAUGAGAAUGAUGAGACAAUUGGCACUCUUGAAUGUCAACACGAAUAUCACGAAAGCUGUAUAAAGGAGUGGCUGGUGAAGGGAAAGAGAUCUUGUCCAAUUUGUAGGUCUUCAGUUUUACCGUCAUAG